UCUCUCUCCUCUUUGUUCUCACAUUUCUUGGCUCAGAGCUUUCCCUCUCUACCACCCCCAAAUAAUCCAUGGCCACCACAACCCCAAAGCUCACUUCCAGAGUCCCCUUCCUCCCUUGGCCGCCUCAUUGCCGGAAACUACCGCUAUUGCUGCCGUUGCGCCGCCCAACCACCGCCCCAGUAAACCCCUUACCUUUGAUUUCAUCCCCAAUCUCUCUCCGUAAAAUUACGUGUAAGGCUACAGAAGUCUCGGUGGCCGAGGACAAGGGCGGCGGAGGCGGAGUGAGUGAUGAGGAGGGGAAGAACUGGGUACCGGUGGUGCCAGUGUCGGCGUUGCCGAAGGGAGAGCGGCGCGUCAUAAUUCAGGAUGGGGAGACUAUACUGUUAUUGUGGUACAAAGAAGACAUCUUUGCAAUUGAGAACAGGUCUCCUGCUGAGGGCGCUUACUCUGAAGGCUUGCUCAAUGCCAAGCUUACUAUGGAUGGCUGUAUUGUAUGCCCAACAACUGAUAGCACAUUUGAUCUUAGGACUGGCGAGAUCAAGGAAUGGUAUCCCAAGAAUCCUGUGCUGAGAGCCCUCACACCUGCUUUGAGGACUCUAUUUGUUUAUCCAGUGAAAACUGAUGAUGAAAACAUUUUCAUCAGCAUGAGAGGAGCUGCAGAAUCUGAUGCAUCCGUGGAAAUCCUCUUUAGCGGAAAGGCUCAGCCCGGUGUAACUGCAACUGAUGUCAAUGUGGAUGAGGUCAGAAUGGUGGUCGAUGAGGAUCAAGAGGGGUUUGGUUUCACAAGGAAGAAUGAAUUGAUUAAUGGAAAGGCAGCGGGGAUUGGCUUCCUAUUGCUGUUAGAUUUUGAGCUCUUGACUGGUAAAGGUCUUCUCAAAGGAACAGGUUUCUUGGACUUCAUUUAUUCUGUUACAAAUGCUUUCAAUUAGACUCCCAAUUCUUCAAUUGCUUAAUCAUAAAACAUUUUAAUGUGAUUUAGGUUAAUCAUGUUGAUUCUAGAAAUCAGACCUUGUUGGUCACUGUACACUUUAUAUUCUUUUUUUCCCGCAUAGGCUAUAUUCCAAAUGGAACAGGGUUGCAGCUGUUGGUAUCUAUACGUAGUCAUAGUGCUAUCUGUAUCUGCGAACAAUUCUAUUUAUACAAUUCAGUUCAUUUUUGAUUUGGA